UUGUAACACAAGCAAGACCGGGUCCUGCCGGCCGGAUGUGACGUCAAGAUCGCGGCUGGUCAUCGCGAGCUCUGUUGUCUCUGUAGGGACCGAAGACAAGUGUCUCCGUUUAUGAUGGAUUCAGGAAAUACAGUGUUGCAGACGGCUGAAAAUGGAAACGGAGGAAACAAGAGAACAACGUGUCCGCUACACGGCUGCAAACGAGUGUACACAGACAUGAGCGCCCUGGAAAGCCACAUCAAGGACCAUGAGAUCCCAGCCGAGUCCCUUCCUGGAAAGGUGUUGCUGUGCUUCACUGCCGGCUGCAGCGGCUCCUUCCCCAACAUGCAGCAACUGAUGGAACAUAUGAGGCAUCACCACAAGCCCAACAUAUUUUUCCUGUGUGAGAGCUGUCGCACAAAGUUGCGAUCCUACCGCGGCCUCCUGACUCAUCUGCACACCUGUUCCAAAGUGCCGCGGGGAAAAACAAAGGCGACAGAAGCAACGGCCCCUCAGCCUGCUGCUGUGGUCAACACAAACACGCCCCCCACAGACCAGAAGCUCCCACAGCUGGAUUCAGCGUCUGCUUUCAAGCAACUGGCCUCUGAGAGCCAAAGCCCUCAUGCUUCCUUUCCGACCGCUGUUCUGCAGCCAGACUCUACUGCCCCUUUCAUCCUUGGGCCCCCCUUCUUGUCUCAGUCAGAGACCUCCCCUCAGCAGCUCACUUCUCAGCAGUUCCCAGAGGCAGCUCCCCAGUUUCCGCUCAGGAAUGGUGUCACCAAUCUGCCUCCACGUCUAAACACAGAUGACCCAGCGGCAGCUCCUGACCUGCCUGAUGCCCAGGAUCAGAAGCAGAUGCAGACUGUGUCGCCUGAGCCUGUCCGCCCGGCUCCAGGUUCAGUUCCUCACUCUCCCCCUGGUUCCUCAGCAGUCUGGAGGAAGAAUCAAGGAAUAACCUACAGCAGACGCAUCCUUUGGGAGCACACAAAGGGGCGCUACACAUGUGUGCAGUGUGGCCACACCACAACCAACCGCAAGGAAAUGACUCAACACAUCAGCACUCAGCACAGUGGUAACAAACCUGCAGAGGAUACAGGGAGCUCUGCUACCAACACAUAGUGUAGAUACAGGAGGGCUCCGUCAGUCAGCUGGAUGCAUUUCAGAAGAAAAUGUCAUCUUUUUGUCCUCAAGAACUUGUCCUCUUUUGACAGAAGUUUGUUUCAAGUUUGACCCAACGCUGACGAUUUAGGUAAUUCCACAUUGAUUCUGGGUGAAGAACCGGCAGCAGAGAGUCAGUGAUUAUGUGGUGGUGGUUAGCGGACACGUGACAAUGUUUUGUCCAUUUGCCUAGUUACACAUGUUGACUACAUUGAACAGCAGACUGUUCUCUCACAUUUGAAACCAUUAAAUAAAUCUUAGCAAGGCUGCAAAUGUCAGGUGAAAAUGAUUUUUUGUCUGUGUCU